CGACCACCCAUCGACGCGACGCCUUGGACCAAACGAGACAGGAUGCCGCGCACGACGACGGCGCGCAAAUAUGGCAAGCCCUCGAAGCGGUCCAGGGCCGAGCGCAUGUUUGCCGAGCUGCCGCAGAGCCCCGUCCGCAAGCCGCCCGCCAGCGUCAGCGCCACCAGCCACGACCCCAUCAGAGACGUCACGGAGCUGUUCUCCGCCGUUCGCAUAGACGAGGAGCCCGUCGCAGCCUCGCCGAGGAGGUCUUCCAGGAAGAGCAUCAGACCAGCCUGUGUUGUGGUUGAGGACGACAGCCGCGAGUCCAGCACGGAUAUAAAGCGCAUCGAGCCGAGGAACGAGACCUUGGAUGACGGACCAGUGGAUGUGGCCUCUGAAGACUCUGUGAAACGCGACGAAAACAAAACUACCGAGAGCUCCCCUGCGCCCGACAAUUUUUCUGGCAAUGUUGAGGACACCUCCCUACGUAUACUGACCUGGGACGACGUCUGCCCACCAGGCGAUCGCGUCGUCAAGAUUGCGGAGGCCUCCUACGCCGAGGUCUAUCGCGUCACCAACGAGCGCGGCACCAGCAUCAUCAAGGUCAUUCGGCUGGACUCGCCCAUCAAGGCGCAGACUAAACAGCAGAUCAAGGCCGGUCUCGUCGAUGAGGACCCUCGCUGCGAAGACGACGUCAACGGAGAGCUACAGAUCUCAGAGUGGCUGGCUGACAUCCCUGGAUUCGUCGUGUAUAAGGAAAAGUACGUCGUUCAAGGCAAGGCGACAAAGCAGUUGCUUGAGACGCACCAGAUCUUCCAGAGACGAAUGAAGCGGCAGGACCCCGGGCGAGCGCAGUUUUAUCCGUCGCCGAGCCGCUACCUCGACGAAACCAAGUUCCUGGUGGUGGAGCUAGGCGACGCCGGCACGGCGCUGGAGGAUUGGGAGUUGGCCGACGAGAGGGAGCUCUGGGACAUUUUCUUUCUCGAAGCCAUUGCGCUGGCCAGGGCCGAGGAGACGGCCAUGUUCGAGCAUCGAGACCUGCACGAGGGCAACCUGUGCGUCAAGCGAGUCAGACCCGCGCGAGAGCGGACCGCCUCGUCGACGGGCUUCUUUGGCUUCUCGGGGCUGGACAUUACGAUUCUGGAUUACGGCCUAUCGCGCGCAGAGGACCUGUCGGUCGACUACGCCAAGCCCGUAGCUUUUGAUCUCGAGAGGGAGCUCGGCCUCUUCACCAGCACGCACGCGUCGCAGUGCACCGUCUACCGGCGGAUGCGGUCCUUCCUCCUGCGCGGGGACCGCAAGUGCAUCCCCGCCGAGGGGCACAGGACACCGUACGCCUGGGGCAUUGACGGCCCGCUGUCGUGGGAGGUGUACGCGCCCUACACCAACGUCUUGUGGCUGGCGUACCUGUACGAGCAUCUGCUGGACAGCUUCGGAGGCAGCAGCAACAAGAACAAGAAGAAAGACACGAUCCCGACCGAGUUCCAGGAGGAGACGACGGAGCUGUGGAAGCAUCUGAACCCCGAGGCGGACGAGAGCGUGCCGUGCUUCGGAUCGGCGGCCGACAUUGUGUGCUUCGCCGUGGAGUCGGGCUGGAUCAGCGCCGAGCAGCUGCACGGGGCCUCGGCGUCGAUGCUCGACCGCGAGGACAGCAUCAUCGUUUCGAGAGAGGACGGCGACGGCGACGGCGACGCAUCGCUGCGGCGGUCUCCCCGAAGGAGAAAGGGGGGGCCGUGGGCUGCAUGAGGAUGAUGAUGAGGAUGAGCAGCGGAGCCGCGCAUCCCUUUACAUGUGCGUGGGCUCGAAAAGAUGUGCUAUGACAUGGACUGGGCGUUGGGAAGCGGGCGCAUUGCAGGAACAUUUGGACUAGACGCAUUUGGUCGCUGGGGAAGGAGGCGUUUAUCAUGAUACCAGGGACAUACAUAUGCACGUAGAUCAGAUUCAGCCAGGAACAUACCGGCGCUAUACAUGUACAGUCGAGCAGACCAUUGGCAUUGCCGGAAAAAAAAGAACAUGCC